CCCGGCCCCACCAGCCAGCUGCCGGCUGCGGAGGAGGCAGCGGCUAAACCCGACCCGCUGGAGGAGGAGAACUGGCUGAGCGCUGCCUUGUCUCGCAAGAAAGCCCAAGCACAGGCAAAGGCCCAGGAGAGAAGUGGCAGGGCCUCGGAGGCCCCAGGCAAAGGACUGGAUCCCCGCUCUCCCAUCAGCCAGCCAGCCGCCUCCACAGGAGCACCGCAGCAGGCAGCUGCUCUGCAGGACAAGGCAGCGAGCGCAGGCGGCUCCGGGCAGCCGGUCCCCUGGCUCAGCACCGCGAAACGAGCCUCAGCUCACCUGUCGGAGCCUGCGAAGGGGGAUCCCUCCAGAGACGCCAGCACCCUGGUCCCCACAGCCUUGUUCCCAGGAGAGCAGGAGGCGCAGGGCCCUGCCCCGCUUGCUCAGGUUACCACACCCAGGGCACAUCUCCAGGCUGCCCCACAGCUGCAGGCAGAGACCCCAGCCCUGGGCUUGCUGCAUGAGAGGGGAGGGGGGGCCCAGCUCUAUGAGGAUGCAUCAGGCUGUCGGGCAGCGCUGCUCAGCGCCCAGGCCCGUGUGACAGAGCUGGAGAGCCAGGUCCGGACGCUGGAGCUGGAGCGGACACAGCACAAACUGUUGCUGGAGAGGCUCCAGCAGCGGCACCAGGAGGACCUGGAUCUCCUCGAGAGCGCCCACAGGAGCCGGGUGAAGGUGGUGGAGGAAACCUACAGGCAGCGGGAGGAGAGGCUGCGGCGGGAGAAGGAGCAGCUGGCAGCUCAGCUGCUGUCGCAGAGCCAGGACGCAGAGCAGGCACGGGCAGAGCUGCUGGCGCAGCACCAGCAGCGCCUGGCUGCGCUGGAGCAGCAGAACGCGCUGGAGCUGGAGCGGCUGCAAGAGCUGCAGAGGGCGUCUGUCCAGGAGAUGCGCAAAGACCACGAAGAGCAGCUCCAGCGGCUGAAGCGGCUGAAAGACCAAGAGAUCGAUGCGGUGACCAGCGCCACUUCACACACCAGGUCUCUGAACGGCGUGAUCGAGCAGAUGGAGAGGUUCUCCAGCGACCUGCACGACCUCUCGCACAAGGUGGAGGCCACGCACCACACCACCUCCCAGGAGCUGGCCAUGGGGGCACAGCAGCGGGACAAGCAGCUCAAGGUGCUCCAGGACAGGCUGUCACAGCAGCAGAGGGACAUGGAGGAGGAGCGGAGCCGACUCCAGGAGGUGAUCGCUAAAAUGGAGGCCAGGCUGGGAGAGCAGACUCGGCUGCUGGAGCAGGAGCGAUGGAGGGCGACGGCAGAGCAAUCCAAAGUGGAAUCGCUGCAGCACUCACUGGAGGAGCAGCGGCGAGUCACGACCCAGCAGCUCUCUAUGGAGCGAGCAGAGCUGGAGAGGGCGAAGAGCGCUUUGCUGGAGGAGCAGAAGUCAGUGAUGCAGAAGUGCUUGGAGGAGCGACGGAAGCUGGCGGCUGAGUGGGCUGAAUUUCACACCCGGCAGCAGCUGAACAAGGAGCGGAUGGAGCGCGAGAUGGACCGAGCCCUGCAGAUGGACUCCCAGAGAGAGAGCACCAUCAUGAGCCUGGCCAAGGAGCAGGCAGAGCUGAAGAUCCGGGGCCGCGAGCUGAAAGCCAAGGAGGAGCAGCUGGUGAGGGACAGGGAGCUGCUGGACGAGGCCUGGCAGGAGCUGAGGCUGGAGAAGGAGAAGGUGAACGGGGCCGCACUGCGCAUCCGGCAGCGGGAGGAGGAGAUUAAAAGCAUGACCAAGCUCUCAUCCCAGAAGUACGAGGAAGGGGAGCGAGCCCUGCAGGAGGCAUGCAGGAUGGAGUCUGAGCACCAGACCAAGCUGCAAGUCAUGCAGCAGCACCUGGAGCAGCUGAAGCAGCAGGAACAGCGUCUGCAACAGGAGCGGCUGAGCAUGGCUCACCAGAGGAGACAGCUUGAACAGCUUCGUGAGGAGCUGCCCAACAACCCCGUGAUGCUGCUGACCACAGACCAGGACCUCAGUGCCCCCACGAAAGGCCUCUCCAGCACACUGUGCUUUCCGCCUCCCGUCAGGGCGCUCCCUCGGCACAGCCCUGGGGGUAGCAGGGAAACCCUGGCCAUGGCCGGCCCCACUGAGCUCUACGCCAAACUGCUGCUGCUGAAACACAGGGCCCAGCAGGACCGUGAUUUCUUAGAAGAUGAGCAAUUCUUCCUGGAGACCCUGAAGAAAGCGUCCUACAACACUUCAUCUCUGUCAGACUGA